AUGUCUACUGAGAGUUUUCUACUAGCUCUUAGAAGAUUUAUAGCUCGUAGAGGACGGAGCAGAAUCAUAUACUGUGACAACGGAACCAAUUUUGUUGGUGCUUCAAAUGUACUUCAAGACUUAAACUGGAAGCAAAUCACUGAAGACACAUCUAUACCACCAAUUCAGUGGAAGUUCAACCCACCAACUGCCUCCUGGUGGGGAGGCUGGUGGGAGAGAUUGAUAGGAAUUCUUAAGAAAUUGCUGAGACGAGUAUUAGGAAGAGCUUCGCUAACUUCUGAAGAAAUGAACACGACUCUCUGUGACUGUGAAGCAGUAAUUAAUUCCCGUCCAUUGACAUAUGUAACUGAAAGUGAUGCUACUUUAAUGCCUUUAAGUCCAUCUCUAUUUCUGCAAGAUAAUCAAAUAAGUGGUGUUCCAGAUCUUGAUGACAUUGGGCAUAAAAGUCUUAAUAAGCGAGUCAAAUAUAGAGAAAACUUGCAAAAGGAUUUGAGAAACAGGUUUAGGUCUGAAUAUUUAGGAGCACUUAUUCAAAAAGCAGGAAACAAAAAAUCUGUGAAAGUGAAUAUUGGUGAUAUUGUAUUGAUAGGAAGUGAUAACACCAAGCGAAUCAAUUGGCCAUUAGGUAAAAUAAUUCAGAUUCUUCCAGGAAAAGAUGGAAUUACAAGACUUGUCAAGCUUAAAACAGCUAAUGGACACUUGCUAAGACCAAUUCAAAGAUUGUAUCCACUUGAAGUUUCCAACGAUGAUCCCAUUAUUGAGAAAUUUUCAACCGCGAAGGUGGGAGGUGAAACCUGUGCCAAUUCUUCCUUUGAUAACGUGUGUGGACUUGAACCUCAGAUUCAAAAGACUAGAGCAGGUCGUACAAUCAAAGUACCUAAGAGACUGGACUUAUGA